AAUGAUACAUAAGCAAAAAAAAAAAAAAAAAUUGUAAAAUAUAGACUUCGGUUUAACUUUCACACAUUCCUGAAAGUUUUCUCUUGAAACAAAUACAUAGAUUUGACACACAGUAGAUGUGUUAUACGGUAGAUAUAUGAUAGUGCCGGACACGAUAAUUCUCAACUGUUAACUGGAUGUUUUUUUCUUUUACUGAGUUUGAUAAAAAAUAAUGCGACGUAUGUAAAUGUAAUUACGAAGAAAAAUAAUAGUCUAUUGUACAAAAUUGUGCUAGGUAGCAUGGAUGUAUCAAAUGAGAUGGAUAAAUCAUGGGAUCAUCCAUGGACCACAGAGGAAAUGCGAAGAAAGAGAAGAGAAUGGAGUUUAGCAGGAGAUGCAGGACUCCUUAAGCAUCUUCAGCAAUUUUCCGAUAAUGUAGUAUCAAGAGCAAAUAAAACUCAAGAAGCCUUAGAUUCACUGACAACUCAACUAAAUGAAACAGCAAUAUUUAUAGAUAAUAUUACCAAUACAUCUUUGGCUCUAGCCAAUACUCAAUUUAUUGAGAGCCGUGUGCAGGAAGAUAAUAUAGAAAUUGGGGAACAAGUAGAAACAUCAAUUCAGCAAAAUAAGGAUGAAGAUUCUAUAACUGCAGAUUUUAUAGCUAGUGUAAGUGAAAGUGUAAAGCAAGGCCUAAAUAUAAUGUAUGAAAAAUACAAAGAAAUGGAGUUUGUUGAUAGUGAUAGUGAAGAAGAGGACAAUAAAGUAGUACUAAGUGUUGUAUUGGGGCCAAAUAAUCCAUAUCAAGAACGACCUUUGCCUUAUGUGAUUGGCUCAGAAAAAUGGAAAAAUUCAAAUAAAAUUGGUUUAGAAAGCAGUAGUGAAUCUGAACAAGUAGAUGAAGAAGAGGAAUCGGAAAGUGAAGAUGAUACAACAGCAGCGUUUAAAGAUUAUAAUAUGAAUGCUGCACCAAAAGUUGCAUUGUUACCUUCUUUGAAUGAAUCUGAUUACAGUAAAAGAAAUGAUAUGGCAUAUAUAGGCAAUGACAAAAUGGAUACACUUAGUCAAAAUGAUAUAGAUUCUGUUCCUGAAUCAAUUACUCCUACUGAUACUGUAUCAAAGGUACCAUUACCAAACAGCAUAACACCAAAUUUUGCAGAAGAGUUAGCUAAGCGAUUAGGUACAGUUCGACAGGCCCAAAAACCUGUUGUAGAUGAAAAAAAUGAGUCAUCAAUAAAUCGAUUUAAAGAUGAUCUAUUUACACCAGAGGAAGAUGAAAACAUUUUGAGCGAUAAAUGUAAAACUACAUUGGGCAGAAAUAAAGGAUAUUUAAAUGAUCAAUUCACUGGAGAUUUAUCGAAAGAAAAACAAAUCAAAUCGUAUAAGAAUAAUAUCAUACCUGCUAGCAUUGAUGUACCGCCUCCAAUUAGUACUGUUUCGACGAAACCAAAAUCUGCAAUCGAUGAUCUUUUUGCGGAUGUUGAUUCCGAUGAUAUUUUUUCGCCGAAGAAUACAAUCACGAAAAAUAAAUAUUCUAGUAAUAAUAAUCAGUCAUCAAAUUCAAAAAAUAUACAAAAGAAAUAUUUAGAGACUGUAACAGCAACUAAUAAUAUGGCCACAAGUACCCCAGAAGCUGACGUAAAUACUACUAAUUUAUUUAAUGAUGACGAAGAUGUUAGUGACCUCUUUGGGUCAUCUAAAAAUCCACAGCUAAAUAAAAAAAAACCAGUAGAGGGAGUACCAAUAUUUGGAAGUAUCUUAACUUCAGAGAUUGAAAGUAAAUUAUCUCGUAGGAUAUCGCGUACUCAAUCAUCUGGAUCAUCCGGAAGUAAUACAUCAGCGAAUUAUGAAAUUAGCAAUGAAUCAAUACUUGAUCGUUCGCGAAAUACUAUUUUGAACAAUAAUAUUAAUGAACGAGACUCUAUUGUGAUAGCAAGAAAUAAUACAGAAAAUUCGGUCAUCGUCGCCGAAAGUAGCUACAGCAGCGGAAUAUCGAUUCAUCCACCAAGUAUCAAUAAUACAGGUGGUUCAAGCAUAGGCGUUGACUUCCAGCCUCAGAUGACGUCAACACUUUUAAAAUCGGAAGAAAUCUACCGAGAACGAAUCAGCAAUGACAGCCUUUUCACUGCACGUACACAGAAUGCAGUGAAUGUUACUUCGAUUUCGAAUUCGACAAAUAAUCAGCCGCAGGAAGAAUCGAUCGAAGAUAUUUCUUCUAUACAACAGGAUGAUGUAUUCGAAAACGAAGACCUGUUUGGUCCACCUCCAUUACCAAAAGCGGAUUCAAAGCCAGCAAAAUCGAAGAUUGCGUCAUUAUUUGACGAUUCUGAUUCUGGUGACGAAUUAUUCUCGACAACCAGUUCAGGUUCUAGAUCGCAAAGAAGUAGCGAUUUAUUAACUUCUCAGUACUCCGAUAAAAUCAAAUCUACGCAACGGAAAGGCCUCUUUGAUGAGGAAAUUGAUAUAUUCGAUAAUAAGGAUUCACCAGACGUCGAUAUUUUUGGCAUAAUACCGAAACCGAUUGCAAAACAGGAAAACAGUACCUCUAAUAGAAAAUUUUUGGAUAUACCUGAUGAUGAUCUAUUCGCAAACAGCAUCCGAAAUACGAUACCGAAAAACAAUGGUUUAGAAAAGAAUGAAAACAUUACUACGUCGAAGGAGAUUAAAUUGUUUGAUGACGAUGAUAUUGAAAAUAAUGAUUUAUUUACUAUAAAACCUGUCAAAAGCGAAACCAAGAAUGAGCCUAACAUUUUUAACGACGAUGAUGAAAAUGAUUUGUUUUCCGUAAAGAAGCCAAUUGAUAAGAAACAAAAAGAUGAUAAACAGUUGUUAGAAACGGUUGCAUCCGGAAUAGAUGUGACUCAGAAAGUUUCCGUUGGGAAGAGCGAAAGUAAGAGUAGCGAUGCUCUUUCAAAUAACGGAUUGUUUUCUACUACCAUUGGGUCACACGGAUUAAUUUUCGAAGAUGAUGAUUAUGAUGAUUUGUUCAGUACUAAAAAUACAUCAACGGAAAAAAUAAAAGAAGAUGCAAAUUUGGAUACGAUGGAAGAGACUAAAGAACGUUCUAUUAAAAAUGUUGAAACAUUAAAUGAUUCUGAUAUCGUUAUCAAAUCUGAAGGAUCGAAUGUCCUUAUUACCACGCCUAAGAUAGAAAAAAAUAAUGAUACACAAAUUAGUAGCUCUGAUGAACGCGACUCUAUGCCAAAUACCGAAAACGGAUUAAAGAAGAGCCCUCCAAAGUCGUUAGACAUACAUACAACUGCUGCUUUGUCUUCACCCGAAAAAAAUAAUCAAGGAGCGAAACGAGUAGUUUCUGGAAAGAUAAAAAAUUUAAUGGGAAGAAUGAGUGACUUGAAGAUGAUCUCGCCUAUGGAUACACCACCGGUAUGGCGAAGAAGCAAAGAAAAAAUGGAUGAAGAAGAUAGUGCAGCGGAUAGAGAUAGCGAUGACGGUGGAUGCGUUAGCAUACAAGGUCAUAAUUCGCCAUUAAGUGUAUCAGAAGACAGUACUACACAGAAACAAUCGCAGCCGUCGACAAUUUCGGAUGAAAGUAAUGUAGAAAAUGCCAUUAGUUUCGACGAGCCAGCUCAAGUAGAAACAUUGUCUAUUACCGCUUCAAAGACCCGAGUUAGAAUACAAGCAAGACGUCGACCACAAAGUAGGCAAGCACGAAAAUCUGCCAUUAGGCAAAGCGGAAUCGAUUUUGAUACUGUAGAUGCUGUUAAGAAUAAUUCACAAGAUGAGAAUCAAGUUAAUCAAUCAUCAAGUAUUUUUAGUAAAGAAAUCUCCACGACUGCGAACGUUAGUGCCCCGCAUACCACCGUGAUUUCUGAUCACUUGAUUUCGUCAACAAACGAUAAUCUUUAUCGAACGUCUGACACUAACAUAUUCUUGGUUGCGGACGAUAAAUCUGAAUUAGGUAGCAUAAGCAAGGAAAGUUCAAUGAGUGCGAACAAAAAUACUUUACUGUCCCCGUCUACAGACGAAGAAGAUUUAUUUGACGUACCGCCAGAUUUACCAGAGGAUCCACAAAAAGAAGAUACAUUGUUUGGUAGAGCACCUAUUCUUUCUCCAGUUGAAAAAGUUAUUUCUGAGAAGCCACCUGUUACCUUUAAAGUAUUAAAAGACACGCACAUUAAACAAGUCGAUGAUGUAGAGACAGAAACAGGAAAAACUCCACAAAAGAUAGAAAAAAGUAGCGCGCUAUCUGAAUCUAACAUCGCUUCUAAUGAAAAUGUUAUAACUUCACGUGCCAUUAAGAAGGAAUCCAAACCAGAAGAUAAUACGAAAUUCGAGGACAAAUCAGAAGAAAUGAUCGAUCCAUUACGAGAUGAUAGUCAUGAUCCGUUGAAAGAUCCAAGUCAGUUAUUCGCUUUUGUUACGAAAACACCGUCUCCAGAAAAAGGAAAGAACUUGCUUUUUUCCGAAGACGAUAGUUUGUUCUCUAGUGGUAACAAGAAAUUAGCUGAAGAAAAAACUACGAAAAGGCCAAUCCUAGACUUGUUUACUGAUGAUGUGGAAAGUGAUCUAUUUUCGGUGACUUUAACUAAAUCUGUAAAAAAACCUUUGAAGGAUACCAAGAUUAGUUUGUUUGACGAAGAAGAUGAAGAUGAUAGCUUAUUUGGAUCUGUUGCAAAAAAAUCUACAAUGGAAAGCGAACCUGGAAAGAAACAUUCUGCGGAGCAAUCUGCGAAGAAAAUAAGCUUAUUUGGUGAUUAUGAUAACGAUACAAAUCUAUUUUCUGAGCCAUUUGAACAAAUACAGAAGUCAGAUUCUGAAAGUAUUCAAGAACCAUCGAAUAAAAAUAACAUAUUUACAAGCAUUACGGAGACCGUGAGAACCUCGCACAUUACGGAUAUUUUUGCCGAUCAAUCGAGCGGAGAAGAUGAUAUUUUUACCAAGAUAUCGGCCCCAAAGAAAAUCACUGUCACAUCGAAAUCCCUGUUUCCUUCUGAUGACGACGACGACGACGACGAUAAUAUUUUCGGUAAGAAAUACACAAGUGAAUCGCAUAUAAAAACAGCAGAAAUACGCUCGAGCGUUAAAAAAGCGGUGACAAGGGAUCUAAAAAAGACAGCUGAAAAGAUUGGCGAAGAUCCAUUGAGUGCUCUAUUAGAUGAUUAAAUGUAUUUUUUCUUUUUUCGGAAAUUAUAUGUUAUUGAUAUUUGUUGUUUAAUGUAUACAUUCCAUAAAUUUAUGAAAUUAGAACAGGAAACAUAGAAAUUGAACAUAUACAAUACUUUCGAAGUUGUAUAUUUAUCGAAAAUCAGGUGUACAAAUUAUGAAUAACGCUGUGCGUUAAAAAAUAUUGUCACUACAAAAUGAUGGAAAAGAAUUUGAUUGUAUAUAUUUGUUUUUAUUUAUUCUUUCUAUUGCUACAUAUAUUUUGCAGUAUUUUUUCAUUGUCACUGUUACAAAUAGAAAUCAUAAAACUACUAAAAUCAUAAUAGUACCGAGGACAACGAACAACAGAAUAUUACACAAAUAAAACAGUAAUUAAUAUUGCUUGAUUUGUUGCCAUCUUGUUACAUAAUCCUUUCGCAUAGUCUGCAAGCAAUGCUUUUACAUAUAAUGGUAUAUCAUGAUAAAUAUUAUAUUUUCUGUAAUUUAUAUAUAAUUCGUCGUGUAUGUAUAUUUUAUUUGUUGAUAAUACAUAUAUGACAUUCAGUAAUA